CCCCACACGUGGACAGUAUAAGUGGCGCUCGGGAGCGCCGCAUGGCUCUGGGUGCGAAUCUCUGUACCUGCGGCUCGCGCGCGCUCCUCCCAUCGCCCCUCAGCGGCAUCAUCAUCAUCAUCAUGACACCUUCCGCGGCUCCUCGGCGCUCAUGACAUUAUUCAUUUAUCCUGCUCCCGCACGCUGAGAGGUUAGAGAAAUUGGACCCACAGUUUGAACGUGUGUUUGAGAAAGCAGCGGAGGAUGUUAUGCUGUAUGGCAGUGCUCCUUUUCUUGCCCUUUAUAAAUGGAUCAGAGGAAGAGGAUGACAUCCGAGCCGGCUGCAGCACAGCUGUGAAUGACCUUGUGUGCAUCAUCGACGGUUCCUGGAGUGUUGGUAUUUCUGACUUUGACACGGCCAAGCACUGGUUGGUCAACAUCACCAGUGGCUUUGACAUUGGCUCCCAGUAUACCCAGGUGGCUGUGGUCCAGUACAGCGACACACCCCGGCUGGAGAUCUCGCUGGGCCAGCACCGGAGCAGCGCAGAGCUCAUCCAGGCCAUCCAGGCCAUCAGCUACCUGGGCGGUAACACGCAGACAGGCCGAGCCAUCAAGUUUGCUACUGACCAUGUUUUCCCCUCCUCUGCCCGUUCUCACGCUGCCAAGAACCGCAUUGCUGUGGUGGUGACUGAUGGCAAGUCCCAGGAUGACGUGGUUGAUGCCAGCAUGGAGGCUCGGGCACAGAACAUCAUCCUGUUCGCAGUGGGUGUGGGCAGGGAGAUUGAAAGUUCAGAACUGGUGUCCAUCGCCAACAAGCCCUCCUCUACCUAUGUGCUCUAUGCUGAGGACUACAGCAACAUCGAGCGCAUUAGGGAUGCCAUGGAGCAGAAGCUUUGUGAGGAGUCAGUAUGUCCUACACGGAUUCCCGUGGCCUCUCGGGAUGAGAAAGGGUUUGAGCUGAUGCUGGGUAUGAAGAUUCACGAGAAGGCUGAGAAGAUUCAGGGCUCUUUGCUGUCAGAGUCAGCCUACCUUCUGAAAUCACAAGUGGACAUCUCCGAGAACACUAGGGAGAUCUUUCCAGAAGGACUCCCUCCUUCCUAUGUGUUUGUGGCCACUCUCCGCCUCAAGGCCCCCGGUUACCGGGAGGCAUUUGAUCUGUGGAGGGUGUUGUCCAAAGAUGGGGACACUCAAGUUGCUGUGACUCUCAGUGGAAGAGACAGAUCUGUUGUGUUCACCACGACCAGCAGUGCCGGCGAGGAGCAGUCAGUCAUCUUCAGCCGUCGUGACCUCAAGAAGCUAUUUGAUGGAGACUGGCACCAGCUGAAACUGCUGGUGAAACCUCGUCAUGUCGUCUGUUUCGUGGAUGACAUGCAGGUAGAGCAGCACCUGCUUGAGCGGGUCAUGCCCAUCUACAUCAACGGAAGGACGCAGAUCUCCAAGAAGGCAGAGAGUGAGGAAACAGUCCCUAUUGAAAUUCAAAAACUGCGGCUCUACUGUGACCCUCAGCAAAGCGAAAGGGAGACGGCAUGUGAAAUCUACUCUGUGGAUGAUGAAAGGUGCCCUUUGGACCGGUUGCCCAGUGUGGAGGAGUGUGACUGCCUGAAUGGCAACCCUGGACCCCCUGGCCCCCAAGGACCAGUGGGUGUCCGUGGAGAGAAAGGACUCCGAGGGGCACCUGGGAUGCCAGGGCGAAAGGGUGAAACAGGAUUUCCUGGCCCAAGGGGACAUCCAGGUCUGAGGGGUGACAAAGGUGAGAGAGGAACUCAAGGCCCCCCAGGGAACCAAGGGCCUCCAGGACCCAUGGGGCCAGCUGGUUCAACAUUAGAAUCAGACAGCAUCCAAAUACCAGGAGAAAAGGGAAGUCAAGGGGAAAAAGGAACACCAGGGUUCCCAGGUCUGCCAGGACCAAGGGGGGAACCCGGUGUUCCUGGCCAAGAUGGAGCUCCUGGGCCAGUGGGGCAGAAGGGAGAAAAAGGAGCCCAUGGGUUUCCGGGGGUUGACGGGCAGACAGGAGUUCCGGGUAUGCAGGGCCCUCCUGGGGAGCCAGGGCCAGCGGGACCUCGGGGGGAAAGGGGAGUGCCUGGAGUCAAAGGGAUGACUGGGCCAAAAGGACCUCCGGGGAUUCAGGGUCCGGUGGGUGCUCCUGGACAUGAUGGACGAAGUGGCCCAAAGGGGAGUUCUGGGGAGCGUGGGACAGCCGGAUUUCCUGGGCUGCCGGGACAGAAGGGACUCCAAGGGGAGCCUGGGACACCAGGGUUGCCAGGUGCCAUGGGAAUGCCAGGAUUCAAAGGUCAUAAGGGUGAACCGGGUGCACCUGGUCCUAAAGGAAGUCAGGGUGACAGAGGCAGCGAUGGUGCCCCGGGGGCCCCUGGCACACCAGGUGAAUUUGGACUGAAGGGAACCAAAGGAGAGAAAGGUGUAGCAGGAGACCCUGGGACCAGAGGGUUUGAAGGAAAGAAGGGAGACAUUGGUCCAAUGGGAAAUGUUGGACCACGUGGGUCUCCUGGUCAAGAUGGGUUACCAGGGCAACCUGGUGUACCUGGAUAUCCAGGGAAACCUGGAAAACCACCAUCAGAUGAGCACUUGAUGAAGCUUUGUAGUAAUGUGCUGCGCAAUCAGUUGCCUCAGCUGCUUCAGACUAUGGGGCCAAGGAGUUGCCAGCCUUGCGAAACAAUCAAUGGACCCCGUGGCGAACCUGGGCCUCCUGGUCCUAAAGGCCCAGCUGGACCCCCAGGGUAUCCUGGCAGAACUGGAUCCCAGGGUUACCCUGGCCCCCCAGGCAUCCAGGGGCCCCAAGGCAUAAAAGGAGAUACAGGACCUAGGGGGCUGAAGGGUUCCAAAGGCGAAUCCCACCCUGGAUUGCCUGGCCCUCCUGGACCAAUAGGUCCCCAGGGCCCUCGUGGCCAAGCUGGAGAGGGUCUUCCAGGGCCAGUUGGAAGCCCAGGAAACACCGGAGCACCUGGAAACCCAGGCAAACGGGGUCCCCCUGGCCCUGCUGGAGUGUGCGACAUGUCCUUAUGCUACCAGGCUUAUAGUACCAGGGAGAACCGCUUCAGCAAAGGGCCAAAUAUCUAGUGUAACAAGAGGAUUCGAGAAAAUUUCACCUCCUUAUGAAGAGGAACCCACUUGGUCAGAACUUAGUGGGGUACUGGAGGUUAUCUGCAGUGAAGAAAGGGAAGUUACUGAAACUCAAGAAGAAAUGAGUCAUUGUGAUCCAGUUAAUACUAUGUGAAAAAAAUGGGCUUGUUUUUUUUAAUGUAGUUACUGAACAAAAAGAAGAUUGUUUUAUGUGUGUAUAUAGUCAGUGCACUGCCUUAGUUGAGCUACCUCUGUGCUAAACUCAAGGCCAUUCAUAUUACAGUGGUUUACUGUACAUGCAGCAUGUAUUUCAGAUUACUUAGGAAAAAUCAUUUUCUUCAUUUGAGUAAACCAAGUGUAUUUUCCUCUUUCCUUUUUUACAUGGCGGCUUUCUUG